AUGGAGCAGCUCUUUGUUUUUGUGGGGCUGCUUGUGUGCCUGCUCUGCCUUCUGAAGUGUGUGAGGCUUUCCCGAUACCUCUUGCUGAGCUUCUGGAAGGUUUUACCAAGGUCUUUUCUGCUAUCAAUGGGACAAUGGGCAGUGAUCACCGGAGCAGGAGAUGGCAUCGGGAAAGCCUAUGCAUUUGAGCUGGCCAAACAUGGACUCAACGUUGUACUUAUCAGCCGAACACUGGAAAAGCUACAGGCCAUUGCAGAGGAGAUUGAGGGGACCACUGGAAGCCAUGUGAAGAUUGUGCAAGCAGAUUUUACCAAAGAAGACAUCUAUGACCAUAUUAAAGAAAAACUUAAAGGUUUAGAAAUUGGAAUUCUAGUCAACAAUGUUGGAAUGCUCCCCAGCCUGCUCCCAAGCCGUUUCCUGAACACUCCUGGUGAGAUCCAGAGUCUCAUCCACUGCAACAUCACCUCUGUAGUCAAGAUGACACAGCUUGUUCUCAAGCACAUGGAGUCAAGGCGGAAAGGCCUCAUCUUGAACAUUUCUUCUGGGGCAGCCCUUUGUCCCUGGCCUCUGUAUGCCCUGUACUCGGCUUCCAAGACUUUCGUGUAUACGUUCUCCAAGGCCCUGAAUGUGGAAUACAGAGCUAAAGGAAUCAUUAUUCAGGUGCUGACCCCCUAUGCUGUCUCAACCCCAAUGACAAAGCAUCUAAAUACCAACAUGGUGAUCAAGACUGCGGAUGAGUUUGUUAAAGAGUCCUUGAAAUACGUCACAAUUGGGGAUGAAACCUGUGGCUGUCUUGCUCAUGAAAUCUUGGCAAUGCUGCUGAACCUGAUCCCUUCCAGAAUCUUCUACAGCGACACCUUCCAAAAAUUUUUCCUGAAAGGCUACUCAGAUUAUCUGAAGUGCAACACCAGCAACAGAUAG